AUGUCUCUAGUUAAGCAUAGACUUCAACUCAGUCUCCAGCUUCCUGUUCCAGAAGUCAAGAUUUCGAAUUUCAUUCCCUUCAUUUAUCUCCAUAAGUCCAUAACGACCGCAAGUCAAGAAGUAUCUAACCUUCUGGACUUCGAAAAGCUCUGCGUUUUGGGCCAUGGUAACUAUGGCACCGUUUACAAGGUGCGCCACAGGCAAACUUCAGCAAUCUAUGCUCUGAAAGUCAUCCGCGGCGACCCUGACGCUAGCCAGCAGCCUUAUCAACCGUCCCAUGAAAUGAAAAUCAUGAUUUCUACCGACUCUCCUUUCAUCAUCAAAUGCCUUGGAGCCUAUGAAUCACUGGCAGGGGAAAAAGCAAUUGUCAUGGAGUACAUGGAUGCAGGAACACUUAGUACGCUUCUUAAAGCUAAUGGCCCUUUCUCCGAAUCCUCGAUUGCCCACAUUGCCUAUCAAGUUCUUAGUGGCCUCAAUUACCUUCAUGCGUUCAAUAUUUUCCACCUGGAUAUUAAGCCUUCAAAUCUGUUGGUUGAUAAAAACAUGAAUGUGAAAAUUGGUGAUUUUGGUGUCAGCAAGAUAAUGAGAGAGAGUGACCCACCUGAAUACUGGGAUAUCUAUGUGGGUACCUUCGCUUACAUGAGCCCGGAAAGAUUGGACUCGAAUAUGUACGAUUCCAGGUUUGUGUCUGCAGCGGAUAUUUGGAGCCUGGGUGUGACUUUAUUGGAGCUUUAUGUGGGUCAUUUCCCAUUUCUCCCACCAGGGGAAAAGCCCAAUUGGAUGCAGCUAGUGUUGAUAACACGUUACGGAGAAGCCCCAAGCUUGCCAAAGGAGGCAUCAGAGGAGUUGAGGAGCUUUUUCAGUUGUUGCUUGCACAAGGAACCCAACAAGAGAUGGACAGCUUUGCAACUUUUGUCACAUCCAUUCAUUUGCGGGAAAGGGAAACUCGAGGAUUAG